AUGGCGACAGGGUAUCGCGAGGCCGACCGGCUGCGAGAUGGUGUCGACUGGAGCGUGCCCCAUCGCGCGCCGCCGCCUGUGCCUGUGCCUGGUCCUGUCUCUCCCACCACCCAUCACCACCACGCAUACUCGACCGUCGCUGAAGGACACCGCGGUGUUGAGGGCUAUCUGCCGGACCAGACAUUGAACAACGGAGGGGCGACUGCCACGCGAGAGAGAGGUCCGUUCGCAGGAGCUGGCGGUGACGAGGCGGCGUCUGUCGACAGUCGAUCCCACACUGGCCGCCGCAGAGGGUCGAGCUUCAGCAGUCUUUUGAAGCGCUCCACCAGCAAUUCGUCGCAGCAGAACAGCGCAAACGGUGUCUAUACCGCUGACGCCAGCGCCCCUCCUCUUCCCAACACUCGCAUCUCCCAGGCGCAUGCAGACGCUGCCGCCAGGAAAGAACAGUCGCAACAUAAACCUCGACAGGGCAGCAACAGUUCGACAACCUCGCGCAAGUCGUCAUUCACCAUGCUGCGGAAGUCGAGCAAGCUGAAGCAGCAGCAAGCUGAACAGGCCCGCCGCGAAGCAUCACUUCCUCGAGAACCACCGCACCUGCCUUCACUAAACCCACUCCCUGGCAUUGCCACCUUUGGAGGAGAAGAUGCCCGGCCAGACAGCGUCGCCAUCUUCAACAACGCCUACACUCAUUCGCAACCCGCCACCAACUUCUCCCGCCCCUCCGCCAUGGCGCCCUCGAGCAACAUCAACAGCUCCUCCUCACCCGCCUACGCCGUUCGCGGCGCCAAUGGCAUGCCCCGCGACUCGACUUCACCACCCGAUUCACGAGCCCCCAAAACCAAUGGAGAGUAUGUUGUGAACCCGAGCUACGACCGAACUGAGAGCAUGACCAAUCGAGGACGUUUUUCCUAUGCCAGCACCACAGUCAAUGUUAACGCGGUCAACAGUCCUCGUAGGGUGCGCAGAAGGAAGGAUCCGACGCCAUUCAACGUCCUGGUCAUUGGUGCCAAAAACAGUGGGAAGUCAUCCUUCAUCUCCUUCCUUCGACAUUCACUCGCUUUGCCUUCUCACAAGAAGGGCUCGGACCACCAGCCAGAAUCGCAAGUCGGUGGCAAUCGAUCGUCUUUCACAUCACAAUACCUCGAGACCGAAAUCGACAGCGAGCGUAUUGGCUUGACGCUGUGGGAUUCCGCCGGUCUGGAAAAGAACGUCGUCGAUUUGCAGCUGAGGGAGAUGACCGCUUUUGUGGAAGCCAAAUUCGAGGAUACGUUCGUUGAGGAGCAGAAGGUGAUGCGAAGUCCUGGCGUAAAAGACACUCAUAUCCACUGCGUCUUUCUCAUUCUGGAUCCUGUUCGUUUGGACACGACUAUCAGUGCUUCUGCGGCCUUUCAGAAGAAUGGCUCCCACACUGGCAGUCUGGACGAUGAUCUUGAUUUGCAGGUCAUGCGUGCGCUUUGGGGCAAGACGACUGUCAUUCCAGUCAUCUCAAAAGCUGACACACUAACGGUUGGCCACAUGGCGUUCCUGAAGCGUGCUGUCUGGGAGGCGCUGCGAGUCGCCAAGCUGGAUCCGCUAGAGGCCUUGGAGUUGGAAGAUGACGGCGAAGACGAAGAGGAGGAAGAAGAUGGCGAGGCCAAUGGUGAAGAGGAGGACAGUGACGAGGGCGACGAACUUCCAGUCCCUAAGACCCGCCGAGCCCACAAGCGCCAGUCCUCCCUCUCAGCCAUCGGCGGCGCACCCUCUGACGACGGCGAACCACCCUACCUCCCGAUGUCCAUCAUCUCCCCCGACAUUUACGACCUCCCUCCAUAUGCGCCCAAGUCCAAAUCAUCGAAACACGAGAAGAUUGGCCGCCGCUUCCCCUGGGGCUUCGCAGACCCCUACGACGCCGACCAUUGCGACUUCGGCCGUCUCCGCGAUAGCAUCUUCUCCGAAUGGCGCAGCGAGUUGCGAGAACUAAGUCGCACGAAGUGGUACGAGAACUGGCGUACAUCCCGUCUGAAGAACCUGCCCGGCGCGAGGCAGAGGAUCAAGGGAGGCGUCACCCCGGUGGCGGCUGUGCCUCGAGAAGGUCGAAUGGCGAGCCAAAGCAGCAGACAGUUCUCACCACCCACGGCGCCGAGCCAGAGCACAUUAGGCGCGACCGGUUCGUCUGUGCCGCGGAGCGUGAGCACGACUAGCCAUACGACUGCGGCGACGAGUUUGGCUGUUCGAGGUGCUUCGGGCGAGAAGAGGGAGUUUUCCGGUGGGAGCGUGCGGUAUUAA